AUGGAACAACUCAGAAAUUUUACAAUGGACAAAGUCUAUCAAAAAAUAUUUUUGCCUGACAACGAAUUUGAUCAAUGGCUUGUACAACUUGGACUUUUACAUACAACAAUGAUUUGUGAAUGUGGAAAUUUGAUGAUUGUAAGAAAGCCUAAAAAUGGGGAGCGUUAUGGAAGAUGGCGUUGUAACAUUUCAAAAUGUCGAAAAGAAAAAAGUUUUUUGGCUGGGACGUUCUUUAGUGGAUCCCAUGUUACUACUAAAAAAGUUUUUGCGAUGGCGUAUUGGUGGGCAAUGAAGUUUGGAGGGGAAGAGGAUUGGGUGAGGGAGUUUGGAGUUACUAGUCAUACAGUGGUGGAUUGGCGUAAUUCUUUCAGGGAUGUUUGCGCCCAGUAUUUGGAGAUGACGAACAAUAUUAAGAAGGAGAUCGAAGAACCUGGUAAUUUUUGGGUAUUUAAACUUGGGGUUGGCUAGGGGAUCGAUAUUUGCUGGAGGGACAUGUCGGGGUUCGGGGUCAGAGAUUUGGGUUGUCAGGGUAGAGCCUGGGUCGGGGGGUUUUUAUCCGAAAAGUCAGGGGACGAUAAACUAGGGGUUGGAUAGGGGAUCGGUUUGGGGAUCGAUUUUUGCUGGGAGACAUGUCGGAGUAUGGGGACGGAGAUUUGGGUUGCCGGGGUAGAGCCUUCGGGUCGGGGGUUUUGCCAGAAAAAUCGCCGGGGGACGAGAUUCUACCCCACUUUAAAUGUUUAAUUUAUAGG